AUGGCGUCGAACAUGACGGUGAAAGUGCACCCGGUGGUGUACAUGACGAUUGUCGAUUCGUACCUUCGUCGGUCCCGCGGAACCACGAAAGGAUCGGCUAACGAGAAGGCUCUCGGAACGUUGAUGGGCUUCUAUGAGAAGGGCGCCAUUCAGGUUAAUUUUGGAGGAAAUCUUCUUGAUAUUGCAGUUAUGCUUGCGUUGAAAUCAUAUUAUAUAAAAAUUUUUAAAUUUUGUACUGUUUUUCUAGUUUUUUUGCAUUUUUCUCUUUGAUGCUAGGGAUUUUUUUCCGACCAAUCGUUUCUUAAACCUUUUUUUCUCGGUAAUCUCUUCAUUUUGAACGUCUAUAUUCAAAUUUUACAGUAGGAUUGAUUUCUGAAAAGCUUCAGUUUUGAAUAUCAAAUAUUUUCCAGCCCAAAAUCAUGUCAAUUUCCAGGUGACCAACUGUUUCGCGAUCCCCUUCAACGAGUACCACGACGACCUGGAACUCGACGAUUCCUUCAACCAGCAGAUGAUCUCCAUGUUGAAACGCGCCGCCCCGAACGAGCAGCCCGUCGGAUGGUUCCUGACCUCGUCGGACAUCUCCUCCAAUUGCCUUGUCUAUCAUGAUUACUACGUGCGAGUGAUCAGCGAGGUUCGUUGAGAAUUUAUUACGAUUAUGGAGUUUUAAAAUAUAGGUUUUAUAGAAUAAGAGAACUUUACACAGGAAAGUGAAUCAGAAGUUGUAGUUUGAGGUGAAACUUUGAUAAGAAUUGACGAAUAAAAGUAUGACAUACAUGAUUUUUUGUAAAUAAUUUGUCAACAUUAUCAACAGUAGGGUCUAAGAAAAAUUUUGAAACUGUUUAGAUGCAAAUUAAUCUCAAAUUUUCUUUUUCUGAUUUGCAUUGACUUUUCGUAAAAUUAUUCAAGUAUUGAAAAGAUGAGAACCUUUUUUUAAAAUCUAUUCACAACCUUUUUUUAACCACGCUCCAGGAAGCUAUGCUUCUGCGUUGCUAUGUCUUUUUUUCACCUUUUAAGGGCUAGCCAAUCAGAAACAGUUGACUGAGUUAAGUUGGAACAAGCGACUAGCAAAAAAAUGAUCGACUAAUAUCCGUGAGUAAUGCCUAAAAUAAUCUCAAAGUUUUCAGAUUUCGGCGAGAAAAGAAACGCCGCCACUCGUGCUCCUGACGCUCGACACGACGUUCUCCGGCGACAACAAGACGCGGAUGCCGAUCCGCGCCUACCUCCGGUCCAAGGCCGGAAUCCCCGGCAGUCCGCAGCCUCACUGCGCCAUUUUCAACCCGCUUCGCGUCGAACUCGACGCUUUCCCCGGAGAGUGCGUCGCCAUGCAGCUCAUCGAGGUACUUGAAGCUUCGAAAGAAGAGAUUUUCACGAAUUUUACCGGUCACAGUGGGACUUCUAAAGGGACACUAGAUGUUGUUUUAUAAGCUGAUCCCGAAUCUGUGCUCAAAAGUUAGCUUCGAGGCCGGUGAAAAAAGUUAGGGGCUCUCAAAGACGAAUAAUUCGAUUCUUCCAAUUGAGCUUAUUUUUGGAGGGUAUAUAGAUCCUAUUCCACUGGUGACAGAAAUCCAAUUAUUUUCCUUCAAAACAAGUUUUGAGCGUAGAUAUGAUUUUUUUAAAAAUUGUUGAAAAGUUAAUUUUUUAAUAAAUGUUACGUUUCUAACAAGAAAUUGAACAUCCCAUAAAUUCCAUGUAAAACAAAAUGAUGAUUUGUAGAACUCGUUGGACUCGAAGCGCCGUGAAGCUUCUCUUGAAAGUGGACUUCAGCAGUUGGAGCGAAGUACCGGCGAUAUUAUUGGAUGGCUCGAGAGACUUUUAGAGUGAGUACUAAUUUUUUUUUUUUGAGUCACUUUCAAUGAAUUAUUUAUUUAUUGCGGGAAAAAAUGAUCCUCAAAGAUGAGUUUCAUACUAAAAACCCUCAUUAUUCAUCGAAUUUCGAUCACAGUUUAAAAGAGUGGAAUGCAUUUUUUGAACAUUAAUUUUCGAUGAUUACAAUUAAAGGUACGUGAACGAAGUUGUCGCCCGUGAAGAGCUUCCGGCUGACGCGACCAUGGGCCGAACUUUGAUGGACAUCGUCAACACGGCCGCCACCCACAUGCAGACCGACAAACUCGAUGCGCUCGUCAAGAACACUCUCAGGGUUCGUUUUGAAACUUUCAAUAAUCCUUAUAGUCAAUUUUUAUUGCUUCCAUAAAAGGAUAUGGGUAUAGUCAAUUCUUCCAGAAAAAAAUAUUUUCGCAAAAAAUUUUGCCUUUUUUCUAGCUCUCUCCUAACAGUUCCACGCCACUCAAAAAAAUUUUAACUUUAUAUUUUUUUAAAUGAAUUAUUAAGCUUUUUUUCAGGCUUUUUAAAAAAGGAAGAGUGAACAAUAAAAAGUAGAGGAAUUUUUCAAGCUACUUCCUGCGCCUUUAACCAUACUUUAACCAGACUUGAAAGGCAAGGGAGGCUUUUUGGUGCGAAACUUGAGUUACUUGAAAAACGAUAUUGUCUUUGAAAUCUUUUUCUAUCUCUCUCAGAAUUAAAAAAAUAUAUAUAUUCGAUUGGCUUUGUCAUGGGUCCAGUUAGCUUUUUUUUUUUGGCUUCUAGCUUAGUUUUAAAGUCGGCGCAGGUUGCCAGUGAAGACGUUGUAAUAGGAAAACUUAUGAUUAACAAGAAAUUAUACUGUAUACAUCUACCAUAAUAGAAAGUAGUCAUCUACCAUAACACAUAAAUUUAUAUAUAGCUGAAGGAAGAGAUCCAGAAGAUACUGGAAUGCUCCAGAAAGGAGGAGGGAGUUUAUAUAGUAUUGAGAUUACAGUGAAAAGUAGAACAUUCCAAAGUUUUAGAGAUCCCUCCCGAACACAUGAUUCCUAUGACGACGUAAUGAGACUAGAUGUGUACAUAAUACUAUAAAAAAUUCUAGAACCAGUAGUUUAAGCAUCAAACAUUGAAGAGUUUGUCGGUUCAGAUUCUGAAUGUCAAUUAGCUAACUAUCGGAUAUACAGUAUCUUUUUUAAAUUCGUAUCACAAUGAUCUUUUUGAUAAUGAAUUUUUUUUUACUUUUUCUCAAGCUGUCAGAUCAAAAAAUUAAAAAAAAAGAGCGUUAUUAAAGUAUCAGCGUUUCGCGCGAUAAAUAAUCGACAAGAAAAGAUCCUUUGCUUGUGGGAGGAGAAGUUAGCUGCUUGAAAUUCGAAACAUGAACACAGUAUAACGCAAAAACAUAUAAAAUAUACUUUAAAAAAAUCUGGAAUUUUAUUGAGUUUUUUCCAGGACUACAUGAUGGUUUCCUACCUGGCCAACCUGACCAAAACUCAGCUUCAACUCCACGAGCGGAUGAUCUCAAUGUAG